AUGGAUGGAGAGUUCAUGCUGGUCACGCAGAACGUGGACGGCUUACACCUGCAGGCGGGCACCGAUGCCAGCAAGCUUUGCGAGAUCCAUGGGCGAAUAGACGAGAUGCGCUGCGACGAGCGCGUGGAGGGCGCCUGCCUCUACAAGGUCGACCUGAACGACGCCGCCAACAUCGAGCGCGCGCGGGGCACCGUCAUGCGCACGCCGGAGCCGGCCAAGGAUGAGAAGGAGGAGCACCUGCCCCUCUGCCCCAAGUGCGGUGUGCGGCAGCGGCCGAAGAUUCUGUGGUUUGACGAGAGCUACAACGAGGCAUUUUUCCACUGGAAGACCGUGAUGGAUCGGAUGGAGACUUGCGACGUUCUUCUGAUCGUCGGCACGCAGCUGACCACGGGGGGGCCCCGGUCGAUGGUCCGCGCUGCGCAGAAGUCAGGCACCAUCAUCAUCAGGAUGGAUACGGAGGUGGAUCUGAAGGAUGACACCACCGCCGGCAUGUUGCACCUGCAGGGGAAAAGUGGCGAGGUUCUGCCCACGCUGCUACAGGAGGUGGCACGGCUGCGGAAGGAGCCCUUGUUGGCUCCUCUGGCGCCCCCCGCGGUUCCCACCAGUCCUGGCCCCUCGGCCCCUCGGGCGCCGAGCCCUGCGCCCACG